CCCGAAUUGAUGAUUUCUCCUGGUUGAAAAUUUAUUUUCGAAUCUCCAUGAAUCGAAUCUCGAUUACCCAUUUCAAAGCUUCUGGUUUCUCGUAGAUUUUGGUUCCAGUCCUUUGGUGCCCAGAAUCUAACUCCCCUCUUUGUCGGGUCUUUCCGCGUUUUCUGGUUCCGCAGUUUCUGGAAGUGAAAGUAUAAGAGACUGUAAUGGCGUUCUGUAGCUUUGGUUCAGCUUGUGGUCGACUCCCGUUGCAAGGAUUAUCACUCUACGGGAGCCCCGAUGAUUUUACAUGCUUUUCGGUACUUGGACUUCCAGAUUGCGGUAGUUCUCUCUCGCUGAAGGCAAAAAGGUUGAGUUUUUGCGUCUGGGCAAAGGUUAUAAUGGUGGAUUGUGGGGAAUGCUUAGAGAAGCAGGCCAGACAUCUUGUUGGAUCUCCGCGAGCUGCUGUUAAGAGGAGAGAGAUUAAGAAGGUGCAGAGGACAGAGCAUCAUUUGUGGAAGAAGAGGGAUUCUGCACGGUCGGGGCAAAAAGCAGCUAACCUUGUCAGAAUGCUCUCUGGCCUCCCAAAUGAAAAGGAGGCUGUUUAUGGUGCUUUGAACAAAUGGGUAGCUUGGGAGAUCGAAUUCCCUGUGAUUGCUGCAGCUAAAGCUUUACGAAUCUUGAGGAAGAGAAAUCAUUGGCGUCGUGUGAUCCAAGUGGCUAAGUGGAUGCUGAGUAAAGGCCAGGGCGCAACAAUGGCAACUUAUGAUACCCUCUUAUUGGCAUUCGACAUGGACCAGAGGGUAGAUGAGGCAGAGUCAUUGUGGAGCAUGAUUCUGCACACGCACACACGUUCCAUCCCUAAACGCUUGUUCUCUAGGAUCAUUGCACUGUAUGCCCAUCAUGACCUUCAGGAUAAGGUUAUCGAGGUGUUUGCAGACAUGGAGGAGUUAGGCGUGAGACCAGACCAAGACACGACAAAAAGAGUGGCGCGCGCAUUUAGGGAACUAGGCCAAGAAGAAAAGCGGAAACUUGUUCUUAGAAGGUAUCUCUCUGAGUUCAAGUAUGCUCACUUCAAUGGAGAACGGGUUAGAGUUAAAAGAUACUUUUCUGAAGAAGAUUAACUUUUUUUCCAUGAACACACAUAGUGUGUGUGUGUAUAUAUCUCAAACAACAAUCUUUGAUUUCUUUGGGAAAAGAAAGUGAUUCUACUUCUUUCA